CCAGCGAACAAGUCAGAAGCGCGUUGAGUGUCGUAGCGAGUAGACGUCUGUCGUUGGAGCAAAUAGAGUGUGUGCCAAAAAAAUAAAACAUAAGAAAGAGAAGAGAGCGAGACAGAGCGUUUGUUAAUAUUUGUACGCAUACACACACACAUAUUAUAUAUUUUUUUCUUGAGUGCCACAUAAAGUAUAAACGUCAAAAGUGCGGUGCGAAGCGAAAGAAAAGCAUAAAAUAAAAACUAAAGCAGCAUUUAAAAAGUGAAAAGCAAGCACGCAAGAGAACAGACAGUCAAACAAACAUGGCCAGUGUGGAGCAGCAAAACGGCAAUAGUAAACCAAAUAAUAGCGUGCAAGAAUCAACAGAGCCGCCCAAGGAUGCCAAGGAUCUGUUGCCGCAUCUAGAGUCGCUGGAGCGCAUUAUCAAAUUGCCUGUGGUGAAUGCGGCUUGGGAUAAAUCACAGGAUGUCUAUGGCAAAGUGAAGGGCAAGAAUCGCGUCUUUAGCUGGGCUUUAAAUGCCGCCGAAGAUUGCGUUGCUCGCGCUGUGACCACCGCAGCGCCAAUUGUGAAUCGCUUGGAUCGUCCCAUUGCCUAUGUGGAUCAGACUUUGGUCAAGGGCAUUGAGCAGCUGGAGGUGAAAGCGCCUAUUAUUAAGGAUACGCCACAGGAGAUUUAUACACAGGCCAAGAACAAAGUUAUCGAUGUGGUGCAGCCGCACAUUGAGCGUGUGGUGAAAUUCAAGGCAGCGGGACAGCAGAAGGCAGCUUCGCUUAAGGAUCUGGCCUGGCAGAAGGCCAACGAGGUCUUGGCCACACAGUACGGCAGUCUGGCGGUUAACGGCGUGGAUACUACCACAGCUCUGGCCGAACGUCUGCUGGAAUAUUAUUUCCCAAAGUGUGAUUCCGAUGUGGAGGAGGAUAAUGAUGAUAAACAAAAUGCUGUCGUGCGAAAUGGCAAAAGUGCUGAGAGUGACAUGCCAGUUCCCGCCAGCGAGGACCCUGUAUUACACACAGUACAGACAGUCGGACGUCUAUCCAACAAGAUCUCGCGUCGCGUCUAUAGAAAUGUCUCCAGACAGAUCAAGCAGGUGCAACAGGGCAACAUAAACGACUAUUUAAGCUCAUUAAUUGCGGCAUUGAAGCUGCAUCAGUACAUCAACUUCAUCAAUUCAUCCAUGGGCACAAAUGUGGAGCAGUCGACAUUAGCGAGUGAUAACCAAGCCAAGCCCAGCAAUAGCAGCAACAAUGUUAAAAGCAAAACAACAACGCCAGCCCCAUCGCCAGCAGCUGCAGCGACUACAACAACAACAACUGCGUCCAGUGGCCAAUAAGUUAACAACAUGUAUGCCAGCUGCAAACAAUUUUUUUUAAUAAUAUCUUUGGCAAUUUUUUUUUUAAUUUGUACAAAAAAAAUAAGCGUGGCA